CGUGGUGUCGAUAGAAAGUUCCAGAUGCCUCCCCCAACACCACCUGACAGCAGGUUUGACAUCGCCUUUGAUUACAAACAAGAAUCCAAGUUAAUCAGCGCCUUUCCGCGCGGAGCCAAAGCAUGGGAAGGCCUGAGAGCACGCCAGGGCCAGCAACCUUCCCACUUCGUAUCGGCUGAAGCCAUGAAGAGAAUGGGCCUCUCUGCACCACUGAACAGCGAGCAUGAGAUCACUUGGUGGUCUCAGAUUCAGACUGAGCAGGCCCAGAAAGUUCGUUGCACCGUGGUGCCGUCCAUCCCAGAGGGCAUCGAUAUUGCUUUCGGUACCAGUAGUGAUGACAAUCGGUCGGAGGUGCUGGCGGCCACCUAUGCCCAAGCCACCUUGACUCAACAGGCUGAAGCAGACGACACUCUCAAUUCUGGCCUUCUCUUUCGUACGAAGACUGCAUGUGAAAUCAUUCGCUGCGCUAUCCACGAAGUGGUGGAGGGUGAUUCGAGUCUCAAGAAGCCAAGUCUAAUGGAACGCGCGCGUGUUGCUGCUGAAAUUAUCCGCACUCCCAUGGAGGUUCUAUUCAACAAGAAAGACUCCUCUGAUGGCCUCAGGCGUUAUGGAAAUGGGCGAAACGGAUGGGAAUAG